UGAGCCUUACAUCCAGACCUAUAAACUGGCAAUCUCAAACUGGAUCUACUGGCUGCCACUUUUAUCAUUAAGGAUUCUGAUUUCCUCCGAUUUGCCAAAGGGAUGUCUGUUUUUCUUCUGAGGAACGAGUUGGAAGUCUGUGUCUAAAGGCGAGUUGGUGAGAAGCCUGUGUAAUAGUCUACACAAGCACAUGGAGACUGACCUGGGAUGUACCACUGUCCUCAAGGACUCGUUUCUUAGUGGAAAUUCACCAUUGUGAGGCCCUGCUAAGGAAAGAGCUCCAGCAUCACUGCUCGUCACAUCAGCACACUGUUCUCCUGUUCAGGGAGCACAAGUUCCCUGUUGGAUGAGAAGAAGAAAAAAUAUCAAGAAAGAGAAAAGAUCUUCAUGAGUGCCAGAAAUUCCUGAGAGUUAAAUAACACAUUGAGACGCAAGGAGCAAAAUGAUUUGUUUUUCUCUCCAAGCCAGCUGCCUGUUCCUGCUCCAGCUCCUCUUGGUUGGACUGGGUCAAGCAAUGGAGGAUGACGUCACACCACGCCUCAGUUUCUCUUACAAUGCAAACGAGAGGUCGGCCAAGAGAUUUUCACCUGAUGGAGUCUUCAAUUACACCUCUCUGCUCCUGAGUAAAGAGGAUAAAAUGCUGUAUGUUGGCGCUCGAGAGACUCUCUUUGCACUCAGUAUCACCGAUAUCAGCAGAACGCAGCUGCAGCGCAAUUUAACGUGGCACACACCACAGAAGAAGAGAGACGAGUGCAGUUUCAAAGGGAAAGACUUACAGACUGACUGCUUCAAUUAUGUCAAGAUUUUACUGCGUGUGAACAGCACUCAUCUCUAUGUGUGUGGAACAUAUGCUUUCAGCCCUAUCUGCGCAUACAUUAAUACUUCAGAUUUUUCCCUGGUGCGCAGUGAAACGGGAGAGAUUGUCACAGAAGAUGGUCGAAGCCGGUGCCCUUUCAACCCUGAAUACAAGUCUACUGCUAUCAUGGCAGAUGGUGAGCUUUAUGCCGGCACAGUCAGUAACUUCCAAGGAAAUGAACCCAUCAUUUACAAAAGCCUUGGGCAGGGCUCAGCCCUAAAGACUGAAAACUCACUGAACUGGCUUCAAGACCCGGCUUUUGUAGGCUCAGCCUACAUUCAGGAGAGUUACCCCAAAGGCAGUGCAGUGGGCGAUGAUGAUAAGCUUUACUUCUUCUUCAGUGAAGCAGGAAAGGAGUUUGAUUUCUUUGACAACACCAUUGUGUCACGCAUCGCUCGUGUGUGUAAGGGUGAUAAAGGUGGAGAGAGGGUUCUUCAGAAGAAAUGGACAACCUUUCUAAAAGCCCAGCUCCUUUGUUCUCUUCCUGAUGAUGGUUUUCCCUUCAACAUCAUACAGGACAUGUUUGUACUGACCCCCAGCAAAGAGGACUGGAAGAAUACUGUGUUUUAUGGUGUCUUCACUUCUCAGUGGUACAAAGGUGCUUCAGGGAGUUCAGCUGUAUGUGCGUUCACCAUGGACCAGGUUGAAGAGGCGUUUAAUGGCCGUUACAGGGAAGUUAAUCGGGAGACGCAGCAGUGGUACGCCUACAACCACCCAGUGCCAGAACCAAGACCUGGGGCGUGCAUAACAAAUGCUGCCCGUGCCCAAGGGAUCUCCUCUUCCCUGCACAUGCCUGAUAAAGUGCUGAAUUUUGUGAAAGACCACUUCCUCAUGGAUAGCGUUAUUCGCAGCCAGCCUCUGCUGCUCAAACGAAAUGUGCGCUACACACAGCUUGCUGUGCACCGAGUGCAGGCUGUCCACAAGACCUACGAUGUGCUCUUCAUCGGCACAGAUGAUGGCAGAAUUCACAAAGCCAUCAACAUUAAGAAUAAGAUGCACAUCAUUGAGGAGCUGGAGGUUUUCCCUGAGCCUCAGCCUGUACAACACAUUGAACUGGACGAUGAGAAGGGGCUGUUGUUUGUGUCCACCUAUUCUGGGUUGGUUGAAAUCCCUCUAGCCAACUGCUCCAACUACCAAAGCUGUGGAGAGUGUGUGCUGUCUAGAGAUCCUUACUGUGUCUGGACAGGGAAGCAGUGUUCAAAUUUCAGACAUGCUCCACUCAAGAGUCAGUGGCAACAAGACGUAGAUGACGCCAACACUGGCAUGUGCAAAUUAACAAUACCUAACACCCGUUCUGCAAAACCACCUUCACCACGUGUGCAAUCAUGUCAAGUGAUACAAAUUCCAGCCAACACAUUUACGGUUCUACCUUGUAAGCUGCGUUCCAAAUUGGCUGAGAGGCGAUGGGUGUACAGCAAUUCUGUAGAGAGGUUUGUCUACCCUAGUCCUGAAGGGGGGCUAGUAGUAGUCGCCCAAGUAGACAGGGAGGAAAUCUAUGAAUGUUGGUCUGAAGAAGGAGGAUACCAACAGCUUCUGGCCAAUUACUGUGUAAUAGCAGAGCCCGAAAGCACCACCCUGAUUGGACGGUCACGGACACAGAUAGUGCCUCAGGGGGAGGCUAUUAUCCUGCCUGGAGAAACAUGGUCACCACAGAAAACCAAAACUUACUGGAACGAACUGAUUGUGGUGUGUGCCUUACUCAUCUUCUCCCUGGUGGUCCUGUCUCUGUUUGUGGCUUACCGGAACCGAGACCGGAUGAAGUCCAUGCUAAAGGAAGGUGAGUGCUCCAACAUGCAACAAAAGAAACCACGGAUUCCUGGAAAGCAUACAGAGAGCCUUCCGUUAAAUGGUAACAAUAUCCCGCCCUCUGUGUCUGACCACAAGGGCUACCAGACUCUCAAUGAUAACUACAUCUGCAGUACACCCACCCAUGAAUGCUCCUCACCCGAGAAUAGUAAGAGCUUCUCAGAAUCUGAGAGGAGACCACUGAACUUAAAGGAGAGCCACGUGGAGAUCUCGCCGACAUGCCCGCGGCCUCGGGUGCGAUUGGGCUCAGAGAUUAAAGACUCCAUUGUUUAAGUCUAGAAAGAUGGCACUGAAACUCUGGUUUGGAAUGACUGUUAAUACUUGUGGCCUCUGACUGAACAGCACCAAGGGAGGGACAUACUGAAAUGUCUGGAAACAUACCAUCACUGGGUUUUAUUUUGCACUUUGUCCUCUCAUUUUGUCUUGGUGAUCUGUUCAUAAUUCUCAGUCACUGCCAAGUCUGUGAAGCACUCAGAGCCACAACAAGUGGGACGCAAGGCCUUUGCAGCUAUGAUAAGAGUACACUUAUGAUGGGCAUUGAGUGACAGUUAUCCAGUGGUUCUGCAUGUACCUGUCCAGUCCGUCCUAAUUGUCCGGUGGCAUCUGUGUGAAAGCAAUAUGAUGCCCUCAGGGUUCAAUAACCUAUCAUGCUCCCAUCUCUUCCUGAAUCUGCUAUUUAGAGUUGGUCGUCCUGCAGAUGGAAUCAGCAGUCGGUGAACAACUAAACAAAAAUUCAAACUUUAGUCUAUAACAAAGUCGAUUAUGAUUCUCUGCUAAACAUAGUGCCUGAAAUUAGAUGAUUAACCUACAUUUAAUCAUUAAACAGAAUAUAAGGAGUAGUGGUACAUCAAAUGUUUUGAAAAAGCAAGAUGAUAUAUGCAAAAAACUUUACGUAGUAUAUCACCAUGACCUCAGCACAUAGCAGGCAUACUGUACUAUGCAAAUCAUUAGAGGAAACUAAAAUGGAGACGCAUCAUGCAGAGAGCUAACAAACGGCACACAGCUGUCCUAGUACAAUAAGUGAUGUCACGUCCUCUGUAUUUUACACAGCUUCUCAGAGAUACACAUGUUUUAUAAAGAAUUCAAGUGAGAUUGAGGGACAAUCGCAUAAGAGAUGAGCCCACAGUUGGGUUUCAGGAUGUGGAGGACUCCAAAGAAGGCGUGUUAGCUAGCAAUACUGUAAGUAUAUCCAAGGCUCAAACUAAGUUCUGAAAAUGAGCCACCAAAAUUUUAAUGCAGCGCCUAUCAGGCAGAUAACUCUAAAUGCUUUUACCACCACCCUCCAUCCAAAAUCAGUUGCUAAUGGACCACUGAUAUAGAGUAGACCUUCUAUGUAAUAGAUCACUGAAGUUGUGGAUAAAACAGUGAACUGAAUUGACCAAAAGUAUCUUGAGAUUGUUUGCUGAUCCAAAUUGGUGGUCUGUUGUGCCAAAAUUUUGAUUUAGUUAAACAUUUUAGAUCUCUCAAAGUCUUCACUCAAAAGUGUACUUCUCUCUGAUUAAAAACGCAGGUUGCCACGUGGAAACUGAAGCUUUUAAAAUUCAAAUUAUGUAUUUACAUUUGGACAGAAUGGAAAUGUUCCUAUCCUCACUGGAUGCAAACACGUACAGUUAUGCGGUUAAGGCAUUACAUGCCAAUUUUAAGCUAAAUUACGAUAUCUGUGCUCAAGAAGAUAUGUAGAGCCGACCAGCAGAUUUUUUUUUUUUUAUGACAAGUGCCAUGUACACUGUAACAGAUCACAGGCUAACAAUGACUUAUACAGUAUUGAAACAGUUUAUAACUGAAUUGAAACUAUUAUAAAUAGUCAGCUGUCAAAAGAGUUGUAGUUGUUCAAUUUCAAAUUGGGCUUGGCACUAUAAAACAGUAACUAUUUACUAUAGAGCUAUGGGCAUGGAAACAACAAAACAGGACACACAACUAUGUACAUUAAUACAGCAUAUGUCAGGUUCGCACACAAUGUCAGAAUCUAUGUAAAAAUGUAUAGUUAAGAACACACUCAAAAUAUUUUUCCAGGAUCAUCUAUUAAGAUUUUUACCACACACAAAAUCCCAAAGACAAGCAUUAUAUAUCGCACCACACAAGUGUGUAAUAUAUUUAAUUUAAUCAACAUUGAUCUUCAAAGAUCGUGCAGACAUUUGUAUUGUGAAUGUAGUUACCUGUUGUUUGAAAGUGUUCUAGAAAUCUUAGGUGUGUUCGACUUGAAAUGCAUCUCGAUUUGCUGAUCAUCAAGACUUGCAAGAGAAGAGCCAUCAAGCCGGACACUUGCGGUUCUCGUCGUCAGCUGAUCUUACACCAGUCCCGGUACAUGCGAUGUUUGCUUUAUUGCAGAUGAAGUGGCAGGGCCAUUUCUAGGCAUAGUCGAACUAGGCGAUUGCUUAGUGCGCCACCUGCUGGGGGGGGGGGAUGGGGGUGCCAAAGAGGAGGCCACAAUGGAGUCAGCAAUAGGGAUCUCGCCUAGGAUGCUAGUAUGGUCUGAAACGACUCUGUGAAGUGGAAUUCAGAUAGACAGACAGAUGUUUGAUUUUUCAUAAAACAACCAGAAAUAUUGUUUAUUUGAAAAGGUUGUUUGUAUAAUAAGAAAGUCCAAUUUCUGUAUUAUUUUAAUACCAAUAAAGGAGUUUGAAUAAACAUGAUAUGACAAUGACGAACAUAAUAUAGCAUGAUAUAAACAUGUACUGAGUUCUAAGUUGUGAGAGUUUUCUCCGAACUGGAGGUGUCAGAAUAAACACCAUGGUAAUGGCAUUCUACCACAAUACUCUUAUUUCUGACAUAGCAGAAUUAGUAAAAGUAGAAUGUCAAGAACACAAUUGCGAACGCAGCCCAUGAAAAAUGUGUAACCACUGUCUGACCAAUCGUGAAUGAGCUGUGUCAUCAUUCAGAGCUUGUGCAGCUCCUCUGCAGCAACUGCAGAUUUUGCAACAGUCGGCUGCUCUCGAAUCGCUCUCGCUGUACUUUGAUGGCAUACGUAACGGUGAAAUUUCUAACCAACAUGCACUGAUUAAAUUCCAGUGCCGAUCAGUCUGUGCAUCGCUGCAUGAAGUCGAACACACCUAUUCUUUCAUCUGAAACAUUGUGUCUUAUUUAAAUUUAUCAUAAAUUAUCUGACAAAGUAGCUGUGCAUUGGGCAUGCUGCUGAUGGACUAUGACUUUGAUCACAAAGUUGUAUAAUUACACUGAUCAGCCACAACAGUAAACCACUGACAGGUGAAGUGAAUAUAAUUUAUUAUCUCGUUACAAUGGCACCUGUCAAGGGGUGGGAUAUUAAGCAGCAAGUGAACAGUCGAGUCUUGAAUUUCAUGUGUUGGAAGCAGGAAAAAUGGGCAAGCGUAAAGAUCUGAGCGACUUUGAUAAGGGUCAAAUUGUGAUGGUUUGAUGACUGGGUAUCUCCAAACGGCAGGUCUUGUGGGGUGUUCCACCUGGUAUGCAGUGGUUAUUACCUACCAAAAAUGGUCCAAGGAAGGACAACCGGAAAACCAGUGUUGUGUUCCCCAUCAGAAUCUGUUUCCCCCAAGCCCCAACAGGGUAUGGGUUUAUGUUUAGGGUUGGUAGUAAAGUGUAGGUUAGGGUUAGGGUAGGUAAGGUAGGGUAGGUUUAAGCUUAAGUUUGUGCAUGGGGGAACGCAUUCUGACAGUGGAGAAUGUUACCGUCUGAUACUGUUCCUCCCAUACAGAUCAGCUAGGGGGAAACAGAUCCCUACGGUGAAACUGAGUUCAACAAAAUGCUCAAUGAUGUGUGUGGCGAGCGAAGGCUAGCAGUCUGGUCCGAUUUUACAAAAGAGCUACUGUAGCAGAAAUUGCUGAAAAACAUAAUGCUGGCCAUGAUAGAAAGGUGUCAGAACACACAGUGCAUUACUGCUUGCUUUGUAUAGGGCUGAGAAGCCGCGGAAAGUUCAGAGUGCCCAUGUUGACCCCUGUCCACCACCGAAAGAGCCUACAAUGGGCAUGUGAGCACCAGAACUGGACCAUGGUGCAAUGGAAGAAGGUGGCCCGGUCUGAUGAAUAAUGUUUUGUUUCAGAUCAUGUUUAUCAUGUAUAUCUGGCAUGGGAAGAAGGCACGAGGGGGACCUACACGAUAUUAUACAGGUGGUUUUAAUGUUGUGGCUGAUCAGUGUAUAUUGUGUCUUUAAAGGGAGGUAUAUCAAAGCUAUUAAUGUUAUAUUGGGAUUGGAUGAAAUAUAGGCAGCAUGUUGCUGCUUUUUUUUUUCCCAGAAUGCAUUUUUUUUAUAUUUGCACAGAAUGUGGGAAAAGUUUAAAGGGAAAUUUCCGGGAAUUAAUGUUCCGGGAAAAUUAUGUUGCUAGAUGGUUUUAUUAAUCCUCCAAGCAACAUUUUGUGACUCAAUGGUUGUGUGGAAAAACAAAUGUAAUCUUGUAGCCUUUUCGUGAAUCAAACACAUGUGAACAGAAAGCAAACCUCACAUGCAUGUCUGCUCUGGUGGACUACACAGUAGAAUUACCUAUUUUCUUGUAAAGUCGCAAACCACUGUAUAUUGAAUGGUCAUCUGUGCAACAGUCCACUGCAAGGGUAUGUCUCCACUGUGCUAAAACUUACAAAGGUCUGCUGAUAUAUAUACAUCUAUCACAUAUACAGAACACUUACCGAAUGUUUAUAGCACACACACACACAAAAAAGAAUGAAUGAAUGAAAAAAGUAUGCAUUUGUAAAAAUUAUGUUACUGUUUUACAUAUACACUGACCUCUGUUUGAAAUCACAAUUUCAUGCAAAAAUAAUUUAAAUUGUAAGUAAAUUUUCUCAUCCUUUUCAGCAACUCAUCACUAGUGUGCUGUUUUACAGAGUAGACAAUGUGAAAAAUUCACUGUACAUCAGCUGCUACCUGCAAGCAGUAGAUUUAGUCACGUACAGUCAUAGUCACAUAUUUCUCUCUUUGACUCAGUGCUGAACUGACUCAGACAUAAGAGUUAUUUGACUGUAGUCUGCUAUAUUCUUAAAUGCUCAGAUACAUUCUUUAUAAUGCCACACCAAGAUGCCCUGACCUAUUGUACGUUAAUGUCUUGUAAACUUUAAUGUAAAGGUGUAUUUGUACAUUUUGCUGCCAAUGUAAAGAAAAGCCCUGUUGUGAAAUGUAUUUUUUUGUAGUAUACAUCACUACUGUUUUUGUUGUUUGUAUUAUAUUGUACAUAAGCACUUUAAUUUAAUUUUUUUAUAAUAAAAGAAAUA